CAGUGGAGCGCGGGACAGCGAGGAGUUGGUGCGGAGCGGAGGCCGCGGGCGGUGCUGCGCUGCGAGGCCGGGAGGAGCACCAGGAUGAAAACAUGGACAAUGUCAAAACUGUGAAGGAAGAAUGGAUGUGUAAGUCAAGAACUGAUGGCCAGAUUUUGAAUGGUACAGAACAAAACCAUGACUAUUUUGUCAAUGACCUUUUUGAAGAAGCUCAGAAGAUUGGUGCAAUAUGCGUGUCUCCAACUACAGUCAAGAACCAGGUUGAUGUGAUCAUUAAACUUUGGAAAAAUGGAUUUACAGUAAAUGAUGGUGAACUUAGAAGCUACACUGAUGUUGGAAAUCAGCAAUUCUUGGACUCUGUUAAAAAAGGGGAGCUGCCUUUUGAGCUGCAGAAAGUAUUUGAGAAGGAAGAGGUAGAUGUGAAAGUGGAGGACAAAAAAGAUGAAUUGUAUCUGUCAUCAAAAAAGCCAAUAUUUCAUCCCUUUUCUGGUCAUGGUUACAGAUUAGGAAGUGCUACUCCAAGGAUAAUCUCUAAAGGAACAGAGGAUCAUCAAGCAGCUGCUGAUAAAAGACGUCUUCCUGUAGUACCCUUAAAUGAUUUGGAGCCAGUCACUAACAUCCAGAUCUGGUUAGCGGAUGGGGAGAGGAUCAUUCAGAAAUUCAACGUUUCACACAGAAUAAGCCACGUCAGAGACUUCAUAACAAAGUAUCAAGGAUCUGAGGGAGGUGUUCCCUUCAUGCUGACUACUUCGCUGCCCUUUCGAGAGCUGCAAGAUGAGACGCUGACACUACAGGAAGCAAAGUUGCAAAAUGCUGUUGUUGUUCAGAGACUUCGGAAAACAACUGAACCUUUUAGACUCUCAGUGCUGAAAGCUCCUGACAAUGACUGUAAAACUGCUGCUGCACCUAAUGGACGGCUCAGGAAUGAGCAAAAAACCGCUAUCAAAAGCACAACUUCAGAUCAGUUUAUAGCUAACUGAAAGCUGCACGCAGGCAGAACUAGACAAAACGUAACCAGCAAUAUCUGGAUGCACUAUCAUUCUUACCUAGUGUGAUCUUAGGGAGCAGGUGUGUGCUGUGCUGUAAUUUGCUGUGACAAACAUAUUUUCAACUAAUUUUGGUGAUCAGAGCCUGGCUGAAUAAUGCAGCAGAGGUAACUGUACGACAGGGGUUAUCCUUGUGAUUUCCUUGGCUUUGCUAGCAUGUUCUUUAAUGAGUGUACUUAGGUGGAAUGGAACUCUGAGACUUAAUUACUACUGGUAACACUUUAGGGAAAAACAAUAUUUAUUUUUGCACUUUGGACUAAAGAGAAACUGAACUGAUUGAUUUAAUUUAUACUUCAGUAUAAGUUGCUCCAGUUUCCCUUCUUGUUUUAGUAACAGGCAAUAGAUGCUGCAGGGAAGUUCACAUUUGAACUCCUCUAAGUAUUUUGAAAAUCAGUGUAAGUAUCAUUAGUAUUUAAUUAGUAUUUCAUCACAAUAUCUGCAGUGUGAAUGUCCUAUUAAGUCUUCACAUGAUGGUAGGUGCAUGUGUGAGAAGAUUGAAAUUAGGUAGCCUGGUGCAUACUGGAUAUGAAGUGCCUCAAAGUAAGCUCUGAAGGAAUUGUUAUUCCUAAUGGUUGAAGUGUUUUCUGUCUCUUGUGUUCUGCUACAGGUAUCUUACAGACAGGGUGAUGUUAAACUACCUGGCUCACUAGGAUACAGAUCUGCUUUUAGCCUCGUCACAGACAAACUUCAUUUUUCUGUAGUUUGCCAUGUGGCUGUAGUGGCUUAGAGGGACACAGCUGUUUUUAUAUUACAUAUCUGUCUCUGUCCUGAGCUAGCCAUCUGAUGAGAUGUCAACAGCAUGUAGGCAAACUUCAAAGAUAUGUAAAAUCUGUAUUUGAAAACUGAGGCUUCUCCUCUACGCCUUCACCCCGUUUCCAUCCAAAUC